CUUUUAUUUUCACCGGUAGUGCACUGCGUCACAGAAUGAUCAACUUCUACAACAGGCGCCGCUGUCAUCUUCUUGGAGAUACGGGAUAUGCACAGCAGCCCUGGAUGUUGACGCCAUUCCGGCAAACAGAAGAUAACACACCAGAGUCCCGGUACAACAAGGCUCAUUGCAGUGACAGGAAUGUUGUAGAACGGACUAUUGGCCUUUUGAAGGAACGAUGGAGGUGCAUAAAUGAUGAGCGCACUCUGCAUUAUGACUAUGUGAAAGUUGCACAGUUCAUAAAUGGUGCAGUUGUGCUUCAUAAUUUGUGUGUCCUGGCUAAUUUGACGCACUAUGCAGAAGGUGCUCAUCUCCUCAGAAAUGUUAAUGUAAACGAAGAAGAACCUGAAGAGGACGAUGAUGAUUUGGAUGAUGAAGAUGUGCCAGAAGGUAGGAGGCAACAACGAGCCAUCCUAAUCCGUGGACAACAAGUGCGUCAGGAAAUUGUCAAUGAGCUGGAGCUGCGGCGACAGUAGGCAAUGGACUGCAUAUUUGUGGUAGAAAAAAAGAAGAAAGGAACAUCAAUCAACAUGGUUCUACCUUAAGGUGUACUGUAGGUAUUAAAUGGUAAUUGAUAGUCAGUCGUAUUGUUUGAAAGUAAUUUUUUUAUUUGUAUGAAGAAUAGAUGAUGAUUACAUGGCACUGGUUUUAAGUACAUAUUGAGAAUUUUGUUUAGACUGUUUAUGAUGAUGUUACUGUUGGAAGUAGGAGGUAAUUUGCACCUAGAUGUAACCGGUAAUACUUCCUACUAAUACUCAGCUUAACUACAUCAAUCAACAUGAUU